UACAUAAAGUCACACAGCUGCAUUCCAGAGAGUUCACUUGGGGGACUUAAAAGACUAAGCAAGAGUGGAGCUCAAAAUCAGACUGCUGCUACUGGAAACACAGUUACAAGACAUUUAGACUUAGACUAAACUGCAAACUAGACCAACCUGAAGCUGUGGAUUCUGAAUGCACAUUUUGCACAUGCAUUUUAUUUUCAAAUAAGGCAUCAUUUAGAUAAAAUUGGUGAUAUAGACAGGUAUACGCAAAACGGGCAGGAGGACUUGACCUUGUUCAUUGUUUGGUUACAAAUUGAAUUUACAAGAGUUAUCAGCUUUUUUUUGAACAUGAUAAAGUUUGUGGUUUGCAUUAUCUUCGCCUCUGUGGUUCAUGCGCGGUUACUUCGCAAGAGACAAACUCCGUGUCCGGAAGUCUGUGAUGGCUCCCGCUGUCCUGUCGCACCUGAAUCACGGUGUUACUACGGUGUAGUGAAGGACAGCUGCGGAUGCUGCACAGUAUGCGCGUCUGGAGAAGGUGACAUUUGCGGGGAGCGCGGUAUUGGCCUUUGUGGCGAGGGGAUGACAUGCGAAUAUCCAGCGGGAAAGCGCAGAGUUCGCGGUUCAUGCGUUUGCACCCUUGCAGAGCCGGUGUGUGGAAGUGAUGGAAGGACUUACCCCACUAUGUGCCGUUUGAGAGCCGAGAACAAAAUAGCAGAACUCAGUAUAAAUCCCCCGGUCAUCUUGAUUCAGAAAGGCCACUGUGAUUCGGUCCCCUCAGGUUCCCUGGACCCAGGAAGUAUCCGCUACAAAUUCAACUUCAUUGCCGAUGUGGUGGAUAAGAUAGCCCCUGCUGUGGUGCACCUAGAGCUUUUCAAGAGGUUGGCAUUUUCAAACCAGGAAGUCCCCGUCUCUAGUGGUUCGGGGUUCAUCGUGUCAGAGGACGGCUGGAUUGUCACCAACGCCCACGUUCUCUCCAACAAGCAGAGAAUCAAAGUGGAGAUGAAGAACGGUGUCAAAUUCGAUGCCUCCGUCAAGGACGUGGACACGAAGCUAGACAUUGCACUCAUCAAAAUUGAGUCGGAUAGUCCACUGCCGGUGCUUCUGCUGGGCCACUCGUCUGACCUUCGGCCUGGGGAGUUUGUGGUGGCAGUGGGCAGUCCCUUCUCCCUGCAGAACACGGUCACCACAGGCAUCAUCAGCACGGCCCAUAGGAAUGGCCUGGAGCUGGGACUCAAAGACUCUGACAUGGAGUACAUCCAGACGGACGCCAUCAUCAACUAUGGCAACUCAGGGGGACCACUUGUGAACUUGGAUGGGGAUGUCAUUGGCAUAAAUACUCUGAAGGUCACAGCAGGAAUAUCCUUUGCAAUUCCUGCUGACAGAAUACGGCAAUUCCUUGCGGAUUCCUACGACAGACAAAUCAAGGGAAAGACACUGCCAAAAAAGAAAUACAUGGGUGUCCGGAUGCUUCAACUCUCAACUCAUUUGAUCCGAGAUCUGAGGGAGCGGGAGAGCGGCUUCCCAGAUGUGAGCUCAGGAGUGUACGUUUAUGAAGUGAUCCCAGGAACAGCUGCCUCCAGUGCUGGCAUGAUUAACCAUGAUGUUAUAAUCAGCAUCAACGGGCAACCCAUCCAGACCACAGACGAGGUGAGUGAUGCUGUCCAGUCAGGCAGUCCGCUGUCCGUGGUAGUGCGGCGAGCUAACGAAGACGUCAUGAUAAAGGUUGUCCCUGAGGAAAUCGACUGAGUGGCUGCCUGUCUCUCUCCACUCAUUGUGUCCCCCGUACACACGGAGGUUUUGACACAACGGUUGUGAUACAAUGGUGGCGAUACAACUGAUUUGUGAUCCAACAGUUUGUCUGCACCAAAAUGUUUACACAACCAUUGUGCCAUGUUUCCACGACAAUUGUCUUAUUUUUGUAUAUAAAAAAACUGUUGUAUCACAACAGUUGUGCCAAAUGCAUUGUACAUCAGUUGUUUAUGGUGCCUGUAUGUUGCAAGUGAAUGUGGUUCAUGCCAUACAUGCACGUGUUAGCUCUGACGUACUCCCAUAGCGAUAUACGUAGUUACAAUAUGCAACAUUGUGGUGAUGGGAGUCCCUUAUGAACUGUGCCGCACCCAUUUCUCUGCCAGAACUAUAGAAUCUAAUGUACUUUCGAGACAUUCAGCUCUAGUCUGUAUAGGCAGUUCUAGAGGUAUGGUUUGUGUUUUAAGUCAUGAUAUGUAGAAUGUGUUACCUCUGGAAGUGGUAAAUGUGACAUUUGUGGACAUUUAAUAAAGUCUUCAUAGUGCUUGGCUCUAAAA